UCCCUCACACUCCUUCCUUAUAUCCCGACUGCUGCAUAAAGUGUACAAGAAGACGUACCUACUGUACAGGGCGACACCUCUCUCCACCUCGAAGACAUAUUUCUAUUGGACGGACUAUAGGAGAGCAGAAUGGUCUCAUUCGUUGAUAGGUUCAACGCUAGGGUCGCAGCAUCCGCGUUUGGUCGCUGGUUCCGCCUUGAGGGCUCCGGACACCCUAGACAGCGAGUUGGCUCGCGUUUCUUUACAGAAAUCCGAGCAGGCAUCACAACAUGGGCAGCAAUGGCAUACAUCAUCUCGGUCAACGCAUCUAUCCUCUCCCAAUCAGGCGGGACGUGCGUCUGUCCCGCGACUUCGACGGAUAUGUGCCAGACAGAUGCAACCUACGGUGCUUGUGUGAAUGAAGUCCAACGCGAUUUGAUUACGGCGACCGCUGCUGCUGCGGCACUUGCGAGUUUCUUGAUGGGGUUGUUUGCGAAUAUCCCUGUUGGACUUGCACCUGGUCUGGGAUUGAAUGCCUAUUUCACAUUCUCGAUUGUGGGCUUCCAUGGAUCGGGAAGUACGACGUACAAAGAGGCACUUGCUGCUGUCUUCCUUGAAGGAUGGAUAUUCUUCAUCCUCUCGAUUCUUGGUGUGAGGCAGUGGCUUGCGCGUGCGAUGCCUCAUUCGUUGGUCAUGGCUGUCGGUGCUGGAAUUGGACUUUUCAUCGCAUUCAUCGGACUCUCAUCAAGUGGUUUGUUCGUGAUUGGUGGUGACGUGACUAACCUUGUCGGACUGGGUGGUUGCAAGCCCGAGGACAUGGUAGAUGGCAUGGCUAACUUCUGUGCAAGACAUGUCUUGCAAAGCCCAACUACCUGGCUUGGUGUCUUCGUCGGCGGUAUCUUGACAGUAUUCUUGAUGCUCUAUCGCGUACGCGGGUCGAUCCUUAUCGGCAUUUUCCUCGUCGCUAUCAUCUCCUGGCCGCGCAAUACGGCAGUGACGUAUUUCCCACACAACGAGACCGGAGACGACCUGUUUUCGUUCUUCAAGCAGGUCGUUACAUUCCGCCCACUUAAGACCACUGGUGCUGCGAUUGAUUGGCACAGUUAUAGCACAGGCCGUGUAUGGUAUGCACUCAUCACGUUCCUCUACGUCGACAUCCUCGACACGACGGGUACACUCUACUCCAUGGCCAAGUUCGCUGGCCUGCGUGAUCCAGUAACAAUGGAUUUUGAGAACAGUACCAUUGCAUAUUGCGUUGACGCAUUUUCCAUCUCCAUGGGUGCCUUGAUGGGUACUUCACCUGUUACUGCUUUCGUUGAAAGCGCGACGGGUAUUUCGGAAGGAGGGAAGACAGGAAUUACGGCGAUGGUGACCGGAGUUAUGUUCUUCAUCUCUGUGUUCUUUGCUCCGAUCUUUGCGAGUAUUCCGGGAUGGGCGACGGGUGGGGCGUUGGUUAUUGUUGGGAGUUUGAUGAUUCGCAAUGUCCGUGAAAUCAACUGGGACUACGUCGGAGACUCCGUCCCAGCGUUCCUUACGCUUAUCAUGAUUCCCUUGACAUAUAACAUCGCAUACGGCGUUAUAGCCGGCAUAGGCUCUUACGUCCUCCUCAACUUCUUCCCCUACCUCAUUCGCAAACUCACCGGCGACAGAAUCGUCCCACCACUCUACGACCUCGGAGAACAAUGGAAAGUCCCUCCUGGUGGUUUUGCGCCACUUUGGAUGCGCAAUGCAGCGAGGGGACAUUGGCGUGUAUGGGAGGACGAACAAAUGAACAAAGCGAACCACUUAAGUGUGCAUGGAGGUAACCAGAUGCAGAUGUAUACGAAUAGUGGAGUGAGCGACGUUAGCUCCAAGGUAAAUGUCGAUGUGUAUACUGCACCAGCGUAUGGAGGUGGGCUUCAGAUGGAUCAUGCGAAUGCGAGGAAUAACAUUGGGAACCCUAUUGUCCCGCCUUUGCAUCGGAGCAUGUCGGUGGAGUAUGAAGAUGGGACGUCUACGGGGAGUCCGGUGGAGAAAUAUGGACAGCACGAGCAGAGAAGUCAGAGUCGUAGUCCGGAGGCUAUAGGGUAUCCGCCGAGGAAGUUUGCGUAACUCUUUCCCGCACCUUCAGCACCGCCAACCCUUACCAGCUUUCAUUCCCUUAGUGUAACUCAACCGUCUAUCUAUCUCUAAAUAUUUAACAUAAACUAACAAAUCCCUUGUUCUUGUUUGUUCUUUUUGGUUUUCUACUAUCCACCUUGCCCUCUUCGCUUUCGUCUUCUCUCCACUCGUUUUGUCUUGUUGUGCUCUUUUGAUUUUGCUCUCUGGUCUCGUUUGACUUGGCUUGCUUUCAAUCCCUCCAUCUCCCGAGUGUCGAGCAUCCAGAGCUUUCGUUCCUUGUUAAUACUUACAUGUUAAAAUACAAUAAAUAUGUGUUGUGAAGUCGAAAUAGUGUUGUAGGUUUUU